AUGGAAAGACAGAAGACUAAUCUGUCCCUCAUCAUCCACAACCUCCAAGCACAAGCCAUCCAUCACAUUCAGGCCGAUAUCAAAGACAUCGCAAUGUCGCAGUGCCCAGACGUGCCUACACGCGGUGAGCCUGCCCAGUUCACCCAAGCAUCUACCACGCAAGGGAUGCCCUCCAAGGAGCUCGUCGCCUUUCGGCGGUCCGAGGCUGACACCGACAAAGACUCUUCAUCUCAACAACAUAUCAGACCAGUGGACCCUGCCAUGCCCAGCCCCUUUUCAGAAUUCGACAUCAGCGAGGAAGAAAUCCACGUGGCAAUGAGAUUGGCGAAGAAACUCGGACAGGAGAACCCGAAUUCGAACAUCUAUUACAAGAACACUGCACGCGGUGGGAAAAUGCAAAAUGGGACUCUGUUUUCCAACGCCGAAUAUCCAGGAGGCACGGGUGCCAACAACAUCAAUCUGCCUCAAAGCAUCUAUGUAAAAAAUUAUGGCAUAGACGUCACCGAGGUACACAACGGCCAUCGUUAUGAACUCUGCGACGACAUCACUACGACCGACGUGCCGCAGUUCCUUCCGGACUUCUUCAUCAACAACGCAAUGGGUUCUCAAACACCAGGCGUCGAAAAUGUUGGCCGCGGGGAAAUGCACAAUGGAAAUCGCAUAGUCCUGGUCAGGAAUCGCAAGAAUGAGUGA